UUGAAGAGGAAGUGGGGAGGGCCAGGGCAGGAUGGGCUACUCUUAUCAUUCAAGCAGAGGAGAACUGGGACAGUACGUGUGUCUGGCUCUUCAAGUUCCCACAGAAGUGUAUGCGGCUUUGGGUUUCUGGCUAGUUGUUCAGGACAAGCUAUAGUGACCCAGCUGAUCUGUGCAAGGUAGACGCUGCUUUUGCCGAGGAGUUUUCCAAUUCGCGCGGCUCCGUCUUCUCCGAUAUGCAAUGCGCAUGUCCGGUCAGUGCAGACAGGUCCGAAGCUCAGUCAUCAUUUAACAUCAAAGUGACAUGAAUUGAGGAACGCAUUCACUAUGCUGAGCUGGUUUCGAAGCCUUUUUUCGACUGCCGAAAAUGCUACUUUUGCGGCGUCUAAUGAUCAUAGUGGUGAAAAAAAUGAUCAUACUAAAGAAGCAAAAACCUUGUCGGAUGGUAACGUGGACAACCUAGCUGGAAAAGAUGUUAUCCUGGUCAGACCACGUGACCCGUCAACGCAAUGGCUGCCGGACGAUAUGUGCUCCGCCGCUUAUGAAGAGACUGAAUGUCACCAUGGCAACGAUUUAUUAGCAUUGAAUACAUAUUUUAUCAACCUUGAGAUGAAAAACGAAGACUGUGGCCUGCAAGAUGUGAACAAGAGAAUAUUUAGUGAUAUCUCUACUAUGAUAGGCCAGGCUUUCCAACAGCUGCAUGUCAAGUAUCAGGCUUUUCGUGGCGCAGUCGUACAUAAAGUCGGCAGCGCCGGUGAAGGGACAAAGGUAGGCGCUUACAACGAGUUCGACUUCAUGGUCGAGUUAUCUGCCCUUGAAGAUCCUCUUCUUGAACAAGCGGUACCGAUGCUGCAAACCACCGACCCAUAUGGCGUGGUAAAUGUCAGAGAUGUGAACUUCCCAUUGAACUUCGUACCCCAGGCAAAUGUCACGUUUUAUGAUUCCGGAAGACCAGACAUGUUUGGAACUUUAAAAACUUUGGUUGGUGAAGAAUUGUUCUCCUCACUUCUUCCAAACUGGAGUCCAGGCUCUAAUUUCAAAAUCGGAUCGUCUCAGGACAAAGGAAAAGUCCGGACCAUUCGUCUGCGGUACGUUCCUGAAGACAAUCAGAGUCCCAUGAACGUUUUCUGUGACUUUUCUUUCUGCAUACCGUUCGAGUGGACACCAGAAAGGCGCUUCCUGUUGAGGCGUUGUGGAACGAAAACCGACUUGAUGACAGAUCAGCAAAGAUUCCGCGUUCUCAUCAGGAGUUCGAAACUGUGGAUGGUCACCACUGCCCUAAGGGAGAAAGACAAACUGAUCAACUCACUGACUUCCGCCAACGCCAAGAGAGUUUACAAACUGGCCAAGAUUGUUGUUCAGAACCUUUUGCCACCAAUUUACGAUUUUGACCUCGACACCUUUGAGGGAAUCAUACCAUCCUAUUGGCUGAAACAGAUAAUACUGUUCAUGAUGGAUCAAUACCCUAAACAGGCGUCUUGGCGAGAGGAUUUUCUGGGGCCUCGGGUAUCUCAAAUGAUUGCGAUUUUGCACAAAUGUUUGCAGAAAAACAUGCUCUGCAAUUAUUGUUCACCAAUGCAGAAUCAUACCAGGGACAACUCGAAAACAGACGAAAGUAAUAUGGCGAAAAAAUACCUCCCCCUGUUGGCCGAACUUCUCAAACGAGCUACAAAUGGAGACAGCCCUGCUCUAAAGUCGCUUAUCCCCAUAAAAAAUCUCAACUUCGACUUUAAAUUGGCGAUUGCCACAAAGGCGAAAAUGAUGCGAUUACUUUUUUUGCUUCUGCGAUACAAAGGUUUAGUUUGGAAAGACAGGUAUCUAUUGGAAUAUACCAAGUUUUUUUCGCGGAUGACACAGGCGGAAAGUCUACUGACUGUGAUAAAAGACUACGUGAAAUUUCAUCUGGCCGAUACAACAUAUGUAUAUGGUUUUGGGCGUGCGGUGAGGAUCUGGCACAAGGGGGAGGAAAAUUCUCUGGACGAGUUCAUUACAAAACUCAGGGAUGACCCUCACCUCUUCCCCGACGACUGGGAAAGACUCUACGACAAGAUGUUGGAAGCUUACGUGCCUGAUGACGUCAUCAACGUCGCGAGUUUCAUCAUGUUUCCACUCGGACAUGUCAUCAGAAAGACCUUCGGGAAAACCCGUCAACCGCCAACAAUGGGCGAAGAAUAUUUCUUGACUCACGAGUUCCUCAUGGUGUGACAAGCAUAUCGGCGAGAGAAGUAGAACAGUCACUGAUUCCGGCCAUAAGUGGACUGAAGAAAGCAAUCUGUCAGUGAUGUGUUAUAUUGGAGAAAACAUUCAGUCAGUGAGGAAUCAGACUAGAUAUAGCAGCGAAUCAGUGACCAGAUAAACUGGAGAAAGCAACAAUUGAGUGACUUGUUACACUGGAGAAAGUAGCCAGUCAGUGACGACGUAAAUUGUAGAAAGUAACCAAUCAGUGACGACGUAUAUUGGAGAAAGCAGCCAAUCAGUGACAAGUUGGAUUGAAGAAAGUAGCCAAUAUCUACCUAUCUACCUUGUAUAGAACAAGGCUACGGUAAAGCUCUUUUGUAGGUUACAUCACCGCAUCGAUGGUUGUCACUAUUCGGGCCCAAGCGUGACCAACAUUUUUUUAGGAUUUGCAGCAUGUAGUAAUUCAUCACCGUUGUAAGCUGUUCCUUAAAUAAAAUCUGCCGCUGAAUCGGUUAC